UUCCUCACCUCCUUCUUCUGCAUAGGCUCUUAAAGGGGCUGGGUGCUCCCCCCACCCAGGGCGGCCUGGGGCUCUGGGAAGAGGCUGCAGGGAUGGGGAGUUCGGUGCCUUGCAGCUGAGCAUCCCUCCCAGGGCACAGGGAUGUGGACUCCAGCGGCUUGCUGCUGAGAGGGAGUUUCACCAGCCUCUCCAGCCUGCCUCUGAAGGCCAGCGCAGAGUUCUCUCCAUGUCUCCUUAUCGGACAGGUUAGAAUUAGGCAGGGCUGGUGGAACCCCUCUCUUCUCCCCCCCCCCCCCCCGCAUCCGGAUCGCGCUCACUUCUUACCCUGCAGACAGGAUCCCUCCUGCCUUUCUUACUUCCCUGUUUCCAUCCUCUUGUGAGGACGCAGCACCUUACACUGGAGGUAGCUGGGAGUCACUUGGCUAUGCAGCAGCUAACGGAGAAGCAAUCUGGCUAAAAUAAGAAGGAGAGGAAAGGAAAAAAAGAGGAGAUCAGGCCCUUGUGGCUUGCUGGCACCAUGAGUGGCGGAAGGUUUGACUUUGACGAUGGAGGGGCUUAUUGCGGGGGGUGGGAAGGGGGCAAGGCCCACGGGCACGGCAUCUGCACUGGGCCUAAGGGCCAGGGCGAAUACUGUGGCUCCUGGAACUACGGCUUUGAAGUGGUGGGCGUCUACACGUGGCCCAGCGGCAAUACCUACGAAGGAUACUGGUCUCAGGGCAAGAGGCAUGGCAUAGGGAUCGAGACCAAAGGACGCUGGAUUUACAAAGGCGAGUGGACCCACGGCUUUAAGGGAAGGUAUGGGAUACGGCAGAAUGUCAGCAGCGGAGCCAAGUAUGAAGGCACCUGGAAUAACGGGCUUCAGGACGGUUACGGAACUGAGACCUAUGCAGAUGGAGGGACUUACCAAGGCCAGUUCACCAACGGAAUGCGCCAUGGUUAUGGUGUCCGACAAAGCGUCCCUUAUGGCAUGGCAGCUGUCGUCCGCAACCCUCUAAGGACCUCCCUUACUUCCCUCCGUAGCGAGCACAGCAAUGGCACCCUGCUGCAACACGAUUCCCCCUCUGCUAACCUUGAGAAUGUUCCCAUGACACCUACAAUCACACGGGGUGGUUUUGCUCUCAGCUUGUACGGUGAUGCAGAUGCUGGAAAGCUGAAGAAGGGAGGGCUGUUCAGAAGAAGUUCCCUCUUUGGGAAGUUGAAGAAAACAGAUUCCAAGACUUCCUUGGCCAGCCAAAGGAGCCGGCUCAGUUUUCUGAAGAGUGAGAGUGGGAUGAGUUCUACUGGUAGUGAUGGCACCUCCACUGCUAGCUUUGGAGAAGGAGCAGAGGGAGAGGACUUUCCACCUUUUGAUGCUGAUAUUGAUGCCACCACUACGGAGUCCUACAUGGGCGAGUGGAAGAAUGACAAGCGCUCUGGGUUUGGUGUGAGUGAGAGGUCAAGUGGCCUAAAGUAUGAGGGAGAAUGGCUAGAUAAUGUACGACAUGGAUACGGUUGUACCACAUUGCCUGAUGGUAAGAAGGAAGAAGGGAAGUACCGAAUGAACGUCCUGAUCAAAGGCAUGAAGAAGCGGGUGAUACCUCUAAAAAGUGCCAAGAUAAGGCAGAAAGUGGACCGGAGCAUAGAAGGAGCUCAGAGGGCAGCAGCCAUCGCCAGACAAAAAUCUGAGAUUGCAGCUUCUAGGACCGCACAUGCUAAAGCCAAGUCUGAAGGUGCUGAGCAGGCAGCACUGGCAGCUAACAACGAAUCCACCUUAGCCAGAUCGAUGGCCAGGGAACUAUCUCCAGACUUCUACCAGCCAGGCCCUGAAUACUUGAAGAGAAGGUUACUCCAAGAGCUAAUGGAGAAUGAAGAGAGCAUAGAGAAUGCAGAAGAGACACCACCCAUCGAAGAGCCGCCACAGCCAUCACCUCCAGAAAGUCCUCCGGUUGAUGAGCAGGAGUCCGCCAAACCCAAGGAGGCUCCAACUCGAACCCCGUCGCCUCCUGGAACACCACCUGAGGCAAAGCGGGCUAAGCAGAAUUCUCAGAAAGAGGGCUUUGUUGGUUCUGGGAGCUGGAAUGGAAACCACAGCAAGGAUGGGAAUCACACAGUAAAUAGGCCCAACACACCUUCGAACGCGCUCUUGCCUCCAACAGAGAAGGCAGCAAGUAACACCAGAGCUACGUCCCGGAGCUCCAGCCGUCAUAGCCAUGUGAGGAUUUCAGCUGACCAUAUGGAGAUCAAACCCCUUCAGAGGCUGCAGCACGGAGAUGAUGUUGCAUUAUUUCAAGGCUAUCACAGUUAUGCUGUGAGGACCUCCCCGGUGACACCUCCAUUGGACAAUGAAGAAGAAUCAUUCCCCGACUCCAAAUCGCCCGCCCAGCCAAGUUCCCCAGAGCCCAAAGCAGAGGUGAAGGAAGCUGAACACAAGUUGGAGCCACAAAAGAGAGAAGGUACACCCGUCGUUCAGCAGGAACCAGCUCAUGAAGAGAAAAAAACGCUGAGAGAAGAACCUAAGCCGGAGCCGAAGCAACAUCCUCCACCUGAACAGAAAACAGAAUUGAAAGUGGAGGCUGCAGCUGAAGGCAAGCCUGAACGGAAGACGGAGCCUAAGACAGUGGCCAAAACUGAGCCCAAGGCCAUGGUGAAAAAGGGCCCUCCUCCUGAGGCAGCAGCACCAGAGGUGGAAGAACACGAAGAGGGACCUAACACAAUCAUCAUCUGCAUGGUCAUUUUAUUGAAUAUUGGCCUGUCCAUCUUAUUUGUGCAUUUUCUGACAUGAUGAGAAGCUAAGACAAGAAGAUUUCUGCUGAUGUAGACAACAGGGAUAUAACCCCCCAUCUAGUCAGAAAUAUCUAAAGAUGGAGAAGCUUAGAACCUUGUGGUUGCACCAAGGAUAUGAACUUCCAAAGACUGGUCCUGAUUGAACAGUUUAGCCCCCAUCACGGGUGACAUCUUCUGUUCAGCAAGAAAAAGUCUGGAAUGCUGCAGCCCUUCUAUGUGCCUUCUUUUGUUGUGAACUAGAAUUGCCUUAAACUUUGAUGGACUGAAGAAAUACAGAUCCACCUGCAGUCGUGGGAGCUCAGAUGAAACAGUCUCUUCCUUGAAUUCCACCAUGAAAAUUCUAGCCUCUACUAGAAAACUCAUUGUUAUAUCUCCCAAAGAGAAACGUGUGUAAGGCAUGCAGCAGCCAGGAAUGAGGGCUACUGUUGUGGAUUUAACUUCCCCACCCAAAUCAGGAUUGCACCGAGUCCAAUGUUUGGAAAAGUCAGGCUGUUUUCCCUGCUGCUAUGUAAUUCUAAGUCAUUCUGUUUAGAAAUCCAGACUCUAAAGUGAGUCAACACCCCCCCCCCCGGAUUUCUAUGAAUAACAGAUCCUAUUCUAGGAUGUGAGUGAUCCACAUUGAAGAAAUGAAAAUUUGUCUUCUCUUUUCACAGAUUUUAGCAUAAGGGUGCUUAAAAGUGGUCUGAAUGUCAGCCACCUCCCAGAAGUGAGCUCCUCGCUACACUGCUAAGUGCCAGUUAGAGUAAAUCUUUUUUCCUAAAAAGUUGAAUGGACUUGCUAACUAGAGGCUGCGUUCUUGAAUGUGGCAUGCUGCAGGCGCUAGCAGAUGGAAACUGUGGCCAUUUACAAACUAAGUAGUGCCUCAGCAUAUUCUUGUUGCUGGGAGUUACCCAUUCCCCAGAAACUAGACCAGCGGUGAGAGCCAUAUGCUGCAACUUUAUACAUCACACUUUUCUUUGAGCAUCUGGCAACCAAAAAGCCUGAAAGAUAUGCAACAUGUCAGUCAGCCCUAAGCAUGCAUUUUCUCCCUUUUUGAACAAAUCAGGGACUUUUCAGUCAAUUUCACAAGCUUUAAAAAGUGCCUCAUUUAAAAUGGACUGUGAAUGUUUAUGUACACUGACACUUCUUAGUGGAACAGCAACUGGUUACAGAUGAGAGAGAGAGAGAGACUGGAAAAUGAGUGGAUUAAAUAAAAAAGAGAGAUGCCAGUUGCAGAGCCAAAUGGCAAAAGGUUUAUUAUAAUAUGGUACUGCAGGUAUUCAGCAGGUAGACACAAGGAUUGUGCUUUUGGAUCAGAUUAUUUAAGUUCAUGAACUGCUGGAAAUGAAAUUGGAAAGCUGGAGUGAUUUUUUUUUGCCUUUUCAUUUUUAUAUUUUAAUCAAAUUAUAUUGUAAAUUGGAGGAGGAGGAAACUGCCUGCUGUAACUGUCCUCAGAAAAAUAUGUAAGCAUGUUUUAGCAAUAUCCAUAAAACAUGAGAGGAUACUGAUAAGAAUUCAGUCACUCUUAGGUUUGAUUAAUAUUAUUGCUUCUCCUAAAUAUAUUUGUAAUAACUGAGCUACAUUGUGUUGGAAAUUUAACAGCCUGUUUCCUAGCACUGUACCUACCCAGUAUACAGUUUUACAGUGCAAUCCUAAGGAGAGUUACUACAGUCUACGGCCAUUGAUUUCAAUGGGCGUAUACUGGCGUAGCUCUGCUUGGGAUUGCACUGUUUGUAUGUCAGUACAGGGUCUAAUUACAUGAUAGACAAUUCAUGGGUUAGGUCCACCAUGAGACUGUCAUUCAGUCAUGACCCGGCAAGUUCCUCAAUAGGAAAUCUAAUUCAGGUCAGAAUCAGAGUGCAGGAGAAGAUGGGGUUUAUGCUUCCCAACUGUAUGCUAUUUGCCUGACCAAAAAUGGCCCCAAGGUAGCUCUGUUUGACCUGUUGGGGGGAAACCAUCAGUACAGGUGGCACCUCCAGCAGGGCAAAUAGCAUCCCUCCAGGGCUUUCUCACAUUUGAAUAACAGUGCAGGGCAAAAGGCUUAAGUCCCUUCUCUCCACACACUGUGGUCCUGAUCCAAUUAAAACCUCACACACCUGACAACUGAGUUCCCAGCAGGGAACUUGCAUGCUCACAUCUAAUCAAGAGGACCUGGAGGGAAACCUACCAUGUAGUUAGGCCCUAUUUUUAUGUGAUUUUCUUUGAGAGACGCAGCAUUUAUUUAUCAUGAAGCUCAAAAUCUGAUCCUUUCGGAAACUGCUACGUUUGUUAAACUCUACCCUUCCCCAGCCCUCCCGCUUCUCAUAAAUAUAAUGUGCUUGAUUUAUGUUUUGCUCCUUGCAAUGUGAUGACAAAAAUAGGUAGAUUUGUUUUAUGUGGCAUAUAUAAAUAUAUUGGCCAGGAGAUACAAGGACCCCGUCCAAGGGUUUGUGUGAAAUCAGUGGAAUUUUUGACUUGCGUUUUCUUUGAAUAUUGGAUCCUAUGCCAAUUCACAAACUGUGUUGGAAACUCUUUAAUCUCAAAUGCAGUUUGUGGGACCUGUUGUUCAAAAAAGACAAGUCCAAAAUCCCCUAUUUAGUAUGCAAAAGUGGUCGGACUGUCCUUGGGAUCUUGGACAUAUAUGUUGUGUGUGUUUAUAUAUAUAUAUAUAAAUAUGUAACUCUCUCUUGAGAGAGAGAUUGAGAUCCUGAGGGCUUGUGCACACACUGUUAUCCCUUGGUCACUACAGCAAGUGAUAACCGCUGUGUUUACAUGUAAGUGGCUAUAAGCCUCCAAGAAAUAAUACUAAAUUAUUCAGCAGAACAGAGUUAAUCUGAAAUGACCUGUGUAUAUCCUGUCAUUUCCUUCUAGAACCCUGAGGACCUCUGCUUUUAGGGUUUUUUAAUUUUAUUUCUAGCCCCUCUAGGUUGGAGCCAGACUAACAUUUGGGGGGAUAUUGAUUUCCAUUCAUGAAGCAUGCCUUUCCUGCUUUUCCCUUACAUGGUGGCCUGAAAUGCCCCCCAAAAUCUUGUUGCUGGGAGUCCCCUCUUCUCCAAGAACAGGACUUUGGGGCAUUUCAGGCUGCUGUGGGAGGGGGGAGGCAGGAAAAUUGUGCUCCCAGAAUUGAAAUCCUUGCUCUUUCUGAAAAGUCUAGCCUGAGUCUACAGCUAUAAUUCCAAAGAUAAAUAUAACACACUAGUGAAAAUAAAUAGCAUGCAACUGUACUUCAAAUCCAGAGCCAUGUGUGUGCACACUGGUGGAUACAGGGAGUUUCUGAACAGCUUUCCCAUUCAUGUCAAUGAAGGAUGAGCCUUCACGUGUGUAAAGAGGUGCAUGCAUGAUUACCACCUUCUUUAAACAGGAAGUGUCUUGCAGAUGGGGGGAGGAGACUUGUGUGUACAUAAUAGUGCCUAAUAAUGCCUAUGUCUACAAGGGGCUGCUGGAUCAAUGCAAAUAUGUGCACAAGUUUUGAGGGAUUUUUUUUAUUCCUAAAGUGAGCAAGAACAGGUUUACCUCAAGAUUGCAUACCUUCAAAAAUAGCAUUUUAUUGUUAUUUUUUUCAGGUCUUACAGAAAUACAAGUGCAUUUAUCUUCACCACCAAAUACAUGAAUCACAAGUUUUCAAAACAAGACAAAAAAAAAUACAACAAUAUUGUCCAGGAGCUUCCAUCAGUUGUUCUGCUGGAUUAUGUGCAAUAAAUAAAAAGUUAUUUUGCUCACAUUA